AUAAAUACUACUAUACCAUAAACUCCACACUCCAAUUCACACACACACACACACCAAACCAAGCCUCAACCACCAUGUCCUUCUUCCAACAAAGCAUCCUAACAAACCCCGGCUCCAAGUUCGACGAAACCCUAUGGGUCGCCAAAAUCCGAAAAACCCUAGACGAGGAGCUCGAAGAAGAAAUCGAAAUCCCAGUCACAAUCUUCGGAGUUCCAAAGCCCCUAUUGAUAUGUGAUCCAGACUCAUACAUCCCGCAGCAGGUGGCGAUCGGGCCGUACCACCACCUCCGCCUGGAGCUCUACGACAUGGAGCGGUACAAGGUGGCCGCGGCCAAGCGGAUCCAGCGCGAGCUCCACAACGUCAAGCUCCAGACCCUCGUCGACCGCCUCGUCAAACACGACCACCGCAUCCGCGCCUGCUACCACCGCCCCCUCAACUACGGCCCCGAGGCCCUCGCCUGGAUGAUGGCCGUCGACGUCUGCUUCGUCUUCGAGUUCAUCCGCGUCUGCGGCAUCAAGCAGGGGAAGAUCCUCGGCAAGAUCCCCUCCGGCCUCUGCCACCUCAUCGACGCCUCCGGCAACAAAACCGCCCACAACUCCAUCCUCCGAGACCUCCUCAUGCUCGAGAAUCAGAUCCCGUUCUUCGUCAUGAGAAUGCUCUUCGAGCUCCAGUUCGCUUCGAGAGAGACUGCCGAUCUGAAGCUGCUCGCGAUCAUGACGUCGCUCAGCAGCGACCUGUCGCCGUUCAAGCCAGCGGAAAAGCCGGAGACGGCCGCGGUUGGCGAGCACGCGCAUUUACUUGACUUUUUGUACCACUUCAUCGUCCCCAAAUCCGAAACUACGUCGUUUCACACUCACGAAAUUGAAAUCCAAGGCGGCGGAAACAAGGAGGAGGAGAAGACAGAGGAGGAGACGUUCGCGGAGCCGAGCCACCUCCGAAAUCUGGCCGAUCUAGUGUGGAGGAUGCUGUCGAAGCUGAAACGAGGGCCGAUUGAGUUGAUUAAGCGCGUGAUCUUAUCGAAACCCUUGAAAUUAGUCGUAAAACUGCCAUGGACGAUUCUAACAAAAAUCCCCAUAGUGAAAAUGCUGAAAGAGCCGAUCGAAAACGCGUUCCAGACGUUCCACAAGGGGAAGAAGGAAGACGGGGAAGGAGACGAAGAGGCCGGAGCCAGCCAGAAGCCUCCGCUCCUCGAAGAAAUCGCGAUCCCCUCCGUGACUCAGCUGGCCGAGGCCGGAGUCCAGUUCGUUGCAGCGAGCGAGGGAAUCUCCGGCAUCAGAUUCGACAGCAAGACCCUGACGUUCCACGUCCCGGUGAUAAACCUAGACGUGAACUCGGAGGUCGUGCUGAGGAAUCUGGUGGCGUACGAGGCGUGUAGCGCGCCAGGACCGCUGGUGCUGGCGCGGUACGUGGAGCUGAUGAACGGGAUCGUGGACACGGACGUGGACGCGAAGUAUUUAUGCGGGAAGGGGAUAAUUGUGAACCAUCUGAAGAGCGAGAAGGAGGUGGCGGAGAUGUGGAAUGGGAUGAGCAAGUCGGUGAGAUUGACGAAAGUGCCCUCGCUGGAUACGGUGAUUGCGGAUGUGAAUAAGUUUUACAGCGAGAGGUGGAGGGUUAGAAUGGGGAAGUUUAUGAGGGAUUAUGUGUUUGGGUCGUGGAAGAUUCUGACGUUUUUGGCUGCGAUAGCGAUGCUGCUUCUCAUGUUUAUGCAGGCGUUUUGCCAAGUUUAUUCUUGCAGUCGGAUUAUACCGAUUGAAGCUCUUGAGCCACUUGAUCCCAAUGUUAAUCAGUAGAAAAUUUGGUAGGGUUUUUGAGAUAGGAUGUGUAUGGUGUGUUUUAGAGUAACUUUUUUGUUGGGGUGUUUAUGUGUGGUUAUUGUGAUUGGAUAUAACUUUCCAUUAUUUGUCAUCCUUAAUUAUUGGGGGAACACCACAAUGUGGUUGUAAGUAUUCUGCCUUUUUGGUUUGCCAUAUGAUAAAAUGUUUUCUUUUUGUAAA